UGUAAAACCAUCCUUGCCCCCUUCACUCCGUCUCCAGGUCAAACCAUAAUAGUACUACAAGAUCUCUUUACCUCAAUAAGUCCAUAUUCCAGACCUACCAUUGCUUGUAUAUCACCAUCGUCCACAAUGGUCCAAUACCUCAAAUCCAAAGCUGCUACAAAUGGCACCAACUCCACAUCUCCGCUCGAUGUCCCAGGGAUUGUAAGGGGCGUGAUUGACGACAUUCGGGCAACUGGCGACAAAGCUGUUCGGACUUAUUCAGAAAAGUUCGACAAGUGGUCGCCGGCGUCCUUCAAGCUCUCUCAAUCAGACAUUGACUCGAUCGUUGCCAAAGUUCCGGCCCAAGUUAUUGCCGACAUCAAGACGGUUCAGAACAACGUUCGGACAUUUGCUCUGGCCCAACGAGAUUCUCUGAGGGAAUUUGAGCUCGAAAUUCGCCCAGGUGUUUUUCUUGGACAGAAGAAUAUCCCUAUCGAUCGUGUCGGCGCUUACAUCCCUGGAGGACGGUAUCCAUUACUCGCGUCCGCGCACAUGACAAUUCUUACGGCUAAAGCAGCCGGGGUCCCCAAAGUUAUCGCCUGUACACCUCCAAUCAACGGGCAGAUACCCCCUUCAACCGUGGCGGCUGCAUAUCAUGCGGGAGCUGACGAGAUCUGGAUCCUUGGCGGCGUCCAGGCCGUGGCGGCAAUGGCCAUUGGUACCGAAACUAUGGACAAGGUCGACUUCAUCGCGGGUCCCGGUAACGCCUUUGUAGCAGAAGCUAAAAGGCAGCUCUUUGGUGAGAUUGGGAUUGAUCUUCCCGCCGGACCGACUGAGAUCCUCAUUGUCGCCGACGACAAGGCGGAUCCGACAACCGUUGCUACUGAUCUUCUUUCUCAAGCGGAACAUGGGCCGGAUACUCCGGCAGUCCUAAUCACCAAUUCGAGGACCGUAGCCCAAAAGUCCAUUGAGGAGGUUGAUCGCCUGCUGAAGAUUCUGCCAACUGCACCGCUGGCCUCGGUCUCUUGGAAUACCUACGGCGAAGUGAUUGUAGUCGAUUCUCUAGACGAGGCCUAUGCCUUGGCAGAUGAUUAUGCAAGCGAACAUGUUCAAAUCCUGACGGAAAAACCGAGGGAGGCCCUGGAGAAGAUGAGAAACUACGGCGCUCUGUUCCUUGGGGCCAAGACUUGCGUUUCCUAUGGCGACAAGUGCAUUGGUACAAACCAUGUCCUACCAACGAAGAAGGCAGGUAGAUUUACUGGGGGGCUCUGGGUGGGAAAGUUCCUGAAGACUGUUACUUACCAGGAAGUUGUUUCCGAGUCGGAGAGCGGAGAGCUGGGUCGAUUGUGUGGUCGUGCUGCACGCGCUGAGAACUUUGAGGGUCAUGCUCGCUCUGGGGACCUCAGAGCCAAGCAAUUUUUGGGUGACCAGUUCGAAUGGCUAAGCAAAUAG